AUGCCUUUGCAUGCUUUGCGUCAAGAGAUCCUCCCAGCGAGCGGUGUAGAGUUCGCGACAAGCCUCAAGUUAACCCCUUCGACGUUAAUCGCACUUCCUACCCCCGAAAACGCAACAACCAGACAGGAAUUUGUGUCGCGUGUCAUCUGUAACGUGGUAGUCGCGCGUUCAAACUUGCUUCGUAUUUUCGAGGUACGAGAGGAGCCAUGCCCGAUACAAAACCAGGCCGACGAUGAACGAGAGCGGAGAUCAAAAGUUAGAAGAGGAACGGAAGCCGUGGAGGGCGAGGUGGCGAUGGACGAACAAGGGGACGGAUUCAUCAACAUAGCAAAGUCUCAAAAGUGCCCAACCCAUACCCCAACCGUUACCCGGUUUUACUUUGUUCGAGAACAUCACCUCCACGGAAUUGUGACCGGAAUUGAAGGUGUCAAGAUUAUGUCUUCCUUGGAAGACAGGCUCGACAGGCUAUUGAUAUCUUUCAAGGACGCGAAGAUCGCUCUACUAGAAUGGUCCGACGCCGUUCAUGACCUCAUAACAGUUUCUAUUCAUACUUACGAACGAGCCCCGCAGCUGAUGUCUAUAGACUCCUCACUUUUUCGCACCGAGCUCCGGACUGAUCCCAUUUCUCGCUGCGCUGCGUUGUCACUUCCCAGACAUGCUCUUGCCAUUCUCCCAUUCUAUCAAUCUCAAGCCGAACUCGAGGUUAUGGACCAAGACCAGUCGCAAGCAAAGGAUGUGCCGUACUCGCCGAGUUUCAUCCUUGAUCUCCCCGCACAAGUGGAUCAAAAUAUCCGGAACGUCAUCGACUUUGCCUUCCUUCCAGGUUUUAACAAUCCGACGAUCGCUGUCCUCUUUCAGACGCAACAAACAUGGACGGGCCGCCUGAGAGAAUUUAAGGACACGGUUAGGCUGGUCAUCUUCACCCUUGACAUUGUCACCCAAAAUUACCCAAUCAUAACAUCUGUUGAAGGAUUACCACACGAAUGCCUCGCCCUCCUGCCUUGCGGAACAUCUCUCGGAGGUGUCGUCAUCAUUACAAGCAACGCGAUCAUCUACACGGACCAAUCAUCCAAACGCGUGGUUCUGCCCGUCAAUGGGUGGGUUUCGCGCAUCAGUGACAUACCUCUUCCAUCCCUCACUCCCGAAGAGCAAUUACGGAACAUCUGCUUGGAAGGAUCGCGUGCCGUAUUCGUUGAUGACAGGAAUCUUUUCGUCAUCCUGAAAGAUGGCACUGUGUACCCUUUGGAGAUCGUUGUGGAUGGGAAAACAGUGUCCAAGUUGACGAUGUCCCCUCCUCUAGCACAGACAUCGAUUCCGUCCGUUCUGAGGAAACUUGAUGAUGAUCAUUUUCUCGUGGGAAGUUCUGUUGGCCCGUCUGUUUUGCUGAAGGCGGCUCAUAUCGAGGAAGAGGUUGCGGAGGAUCAUGACAUGGAGGCCGCCCCUGCUACUGUGGUAUAUGAUGCAGAUGAUAUGGAAUUUGACGAUGAUGACGGUAACCUACCACGAGUAGCUCAACCAAUGGCAAAACCGACUGUGAUACACUUAUCCCUACGUGACUCAUUACCAGCUUAUGGCCCCAUCUCGGACAUGACAUUUUCGCUGGCAAAGAACGGCGACCGUCCUGUCCCUGAACUUGUUGCUGCAACAGGAUCAGGUUUUCUUGGUGGAUUCACCCUGUUCCAGCGCGAUCUUCCGGUCAGAACAAAACGCAAACUACACGUCAUUGGCGGCGCUCGGGGUCUAUGGUCCCUCCCCAUUAGACAACCAGUCAAAGCCAGCGGAAUCUCAUACGAGAAGGCCGUUAAUCCAUUCCAGGCGGAGAAUGACUCGCUCAUCAUAAGUACCGACAUCAACCCUUCUCCUGGACUCUCUCGGGCGGGCAAGAAUGACGUUAUGAUCACAGCACGUAUUCCAGGGACUACAAUUGGGGCUGCGCCCUUUUUCCAACGAACGACCGUUUUACAUGUGAUGACCAACGCUCUCCGAGUUCUUGAACCUGGUAUGCAGAUUAUCAAGGACAUGGACGGCAAUAUGCCCCGGCCAAGAAUCCGGGCUUGUAGCAUAUCGGAUCCGUUUGUUUUGAUCCUCAGAGAAGACGACUCUAUCGGCCUCUUCAUUGGAGAGACAGAACGCGGAAAGAUACGUAGGAAGGACAUGUCUCCGAUGGGCGAUAAAGUCAGUUGCUUCUAUACCGACACAACUGGCUUACUGGAAAGCAACUUUGAAAACUCGACCACUCCAGUUGGCGUUACUUCGACAUUGUCAGCUGCCGUCAACGCAGGAAGUAAAGGUCAAUGGUUGAUCUUGGUUCGUCCCCAGGGGAUCGUGGAGUUGUGGACCCUGCCCAAGUUAACACUCGGGUUCUCUGCAGAUGGCUUGACAUCCCUUCAAAACGUACUGGUGGAUUCACAUGACCCUCCAGCCCCCUCAUUACCUCAAGACCCUCCACGCAAACCACAAGAGUUCGACGUUGAACAAAUACUUGUUGCCCCCAUUGGUGAAUCCUCCCCUCGACCCCACCUAUGCGUCUUCCUUCGUUCAGGACAACUCACCAUCUACGAAGUUCUUCCCCUUGGCCGAACUACUGAAGCUCUACCGAAAGUCCGACCUGCUCAUGUCAAAAUCAAAUUCGUCAAAAUCUCGUCCAUGGCAUUCGAAAUCCAACGACCAGAGGAAGGCGAAAAAGGCAUUAUUGCAGAGCAAAAGCGUAUAUAUCGCAUGUUCGUGCCCUUUGUGACCAGCGCAUCUCCAGGGGUGACUUUCUCCGGAGUUUUCUUUACGGGCGAUCGACCAAAUUGGAUCUUUGGAACAGACAAGGGUGGGGUGCAGAUUUACCCUUCCGGGCAUGCCGUUGUGAACGCUUUCACACCUUGUUCUUUGUUCGAAAGCAAGGGGGACUUUUUGAUGUAUACCGAGGAGGCAAGUGUUUCAAAGUGGUUGCCCGAUUUUCACUAUGAUGGGCCCCUACCCUUGCGAUCGGUGCCACGAGGAAGGGCAUAUUCAAGCCUUGUGUUUGACCCCUCAACGUCUCUGCUAGUCGCCGCUUCCUCUCUCCAAGCCAAGUUCGCUUCUUAUGAUGAUGAUGACAAUAAGAUUUGGGAGCCUGAAACGCCUAAUAUCGGAAACCCCAUGUGCGAUACAUCAACCCUAGAACUCAUUUCACCAGACAUGUGGAUAACAAUGGACGGCUUCGAGUUCGCGACCAAUGAGUAUAUCAAUGACGUUGCUUGCGUCACGUUGGAGACGGCGGGGACGGAAGUUGGGAGCAAGGACUUUAUCGCUGUGGGUACCACCAUCGACCGUGGUGAAGACCUCGCCGCAAGGGGUGCUACCUACAUUUAUGAAAUAGUCGAGGUCGUGCCAGAUCCAGCGAUAUCUCCCAAGAGGUGGUACAAGCUGCGCCUCCGCUGUCGAGACGAUGCCAAAGGGCCUGUGACCGCUGUUUGUGGCUUCCAUGGCUACUUGGUGUCCUCUAUGGGCCAAAAGAUCUUCGUUCGUGCUUUUGACUCUGAUGAACGCCUCGUGGGUGUCGCGUUCAUGGAUGUGGGGGUGUAUGUAACCUCCUUGCGUACCCUGAAGAACCUCCUCCUCGUUGGAGACGCCGUGAAGAGCCUUUCUUUCAUUGCUUUCCAGGAGGAUCCAUACAAGCUCGUCUUGCUGGGGAAGGACACCCAGCACGUCUGCGUGACGAAUGCCGAUUUCUUCUUCACUGAUGGGGAGCUUUCUCUUGUGACGGGAGACGAGGAGGGUAUUAUGAGAAUGUAUGAGUAUAACCCACAAGACCCGGACUCUAAAGAUGGUCGAUACCUCCUCCUCCGCACCGAGUUCCAUGGACAAAGUGAAUAUCGGACCUCAACAACCAUUGCUCGCAGGCUGAAGGAUGACCCUUCCAUUCCUCAAGCCAAACUCAUCAUCGGUGGCACGGAUGGGUGUCUCUCGUCUCUCACGCCUGUCGAAGAGCAUGCUUUUAAGCGACUCCAACUCCUACAGGGACAGCUUACGCGAAACAUUCAACAUGUCGCCGGUCUGAAUCCAAAAGCAUUCCGGAUUGUGCGCAAUGAUUUCGUGUCGAAACCCCUAUCGAAGGGCAUCUUGGAUGGGAACUUGUUAGCCCACUAUGAAAGUCUUCCCAUUAUCAGGCAGAACGAGAUGACGCGACAGAUAGGGACAGAUAGGGUUACGCUCCUCCGGGAUUGGAUAGCUCUGAGUGGUGCUUGGUAAUUCAGUGACAAAGGAUCUUCUUUAGUACGUUUCUUUUGUACACUAAUUUGCAAAAUCUUUCCACUCCA